UGAACAACGAAGGUCGCCACAUCAAUCCCUUUGUAGAUAUGUUCGCGUUAAAAUGGUUUGUGUCAGUGGCGUUAUUUAGUUUGGUAGAUGGAUUCGCAUUACCCUUCGAAGGAUUAUACGAAUUGGAUAUUAUACAUUACAACGAUUUCCACGCAAGGUAUGAGGAAACAUCAGUGGAUACUCCUACAUGUCACUUCAACAACGGAUCGUGCUUGGGCGGCUUCCCGCGCCUGUACAGCGAGAUAAUGCAGCUGAGGAAAGAGAAGCCGAAUUCCUUGCUGCUAAAUGCUGGAGAUAGCUUCCAGGGCACCUACUGGUACACAUUACUUAAAUGGAACAUCACUCAGGAGUUUAUGAAUUUGUUGCCUCAUGAUGCACAUGCAAUAGGUAAUCACGAGUUCGACGAUGGUCCGGAAGGUCUCGCGCCGUACCUCAGAGCGCUUAAGGCACCAGUGCUUGCCGCCAACAUGGAUGUCAGCAAAGAACCUUUGCUACAAGAUUUGUUCACACCGCACAUUAUUGUGAAGCGUGGCGGCAGGAAGAUUGGCAUUAUCGGCUUAAUUACUACUGAUACUAAGAAAUUGUCAUCUCCUGGUAACGUUGUGUUCACGGACCCAUUGGAGGCGACAGAUCGCGAAGCAAAGCUGUUGACCGACAAGGGAAUAGACAUAAUCAUUGUACUGUCACAUUGCGGACUUGAAAUGGAUAAGCAAAUCGCACGUGAACACGGCAAGCAUGUAGACAUAAUAAUUGGUGGUCAUUCACAUUCCUUACUGUGGAACGGACCGGCACCCAGCGGUGAAAAAGUUGAAGGACCUUAUCCCGUUUUCAUAGAAACUAGCAAGGAAAAGGAACACCAAGUUCUGAUAGUGCAAGCGUCAGCAUUUACGAAGUACAUGGGUAAUCUGACAGUUUAUUUCGACUAUCUAGGACGCUACGUCAAGUGGGAAGGCGGGCCAAUAUUCCUUGACCGUUCUAUACCUGAAGAUGAGAAGAUAAAGAAGAAGUUGGAACCUUAUGCGAAACUCGUUCACGAAGCGGAGAAUGUUCCUGUGGGUGAAGCAGUGAGGACGUUGAAUGCUGAUGAUUGCGUAUUCGGUGAAUGUACGAUCGGUGAUCUACUGGUGGACGCAUUGACUGAUUACGCUAAAGCGAAUGUAAAAAGCGAUUACGAUCAUCUGGCGUUCAUUCAGCGCGGUAACAUCAAAGCCUCAAUAUUAAGUGGAAAAAUAACAAAGGGAACGAUCUUCGAUGUUCUGCCGUUCAAAGACCGCGUAGUGACAUUCGAACUCCAAGGGAGAUAUGUGCGAGAGGCGCUGGAGCGAAGUGUCAUUGAGGCGUGGGGCUUAACACCCUUUAAGGGUCCAUGGUUACUGCAAGUAUCAGGUCUUAAUGUAACGUACAAUAUAGCGUUACCCGAAGGUCAGCGUAUUGUGUCAGUGAACAUUGGCAACUCAGGAGCCAUAUUGGACGAUGAUAAAUAUUAUCAAGUGACAAUGCCCGCUUACUUAGCCGAUGGUGGGGACGGUUUCACGAUGUUCCAAAAUGGAAAGAAAAAUGUUAAAAUAAUUGGUCGCGAUGAGAGAAUCUUAGAAAUUUAUAUAAAUAAAAAUUCUCCUAUCGAUAUUAGGACGGACGGACGAAUAGAGAUUCUACAGUGAUAUAUACGUAGUUAGUGUUGAUUUCAUAAGAUAAUAACAUAAUAAUAAUUGUAAAGUAAUAUUACUAUUUAAUUGAAUGUGCUCAAAACAUAAAUGUUAUAUUCGAAAUAUUUUUUUUAUUAUAAUAAAGAACCAACAUUUAAAAAACUAAAACUAGUAAGAGGUUAUGUAUUUUACAAGUGUUUUGGUAAUGGAAACUCACGGAUAUAGAAUCAAUCAUGCAGCUCUAUAUUAUAUUCUCUGUAUAGUUGCUAUAAAAGACACCAUUGUAAAGAUAAUUAUAAAAGACUUAGUACCUCAUUUAAUAUAAUUAAUUUCAAAUGAAAUUGACUAAGUUUAACAGUGGUAUGCGCCAGCAACAACAACUUAUGUUGCACGAAUUAUACUCGCCCCGUGCAAUCCAACGACCACCCAGAAGACACGCUCUAGCGUACGUGUCAUAGGCCUUAUAUUAAUCAUCAUUUCCUUCCCAACCUUUUCUUAUAAGGAUAGGAUGGGAAAAGAAGAGGAUUUGAAGGAGGUGUGAACGCAUAAAAGGGAAACAUAUUUUCCUAUGCAUUACCUCCCUCUAUCUAUGUGCAUGUUUACGGGCAGGGAUAGCUUCGCUAUUUCAGUGAAAUUGGGUGUCCGCUUGCUAUCUUAUAGUAUAAGAAAUAAGUUUAUUUUAAAUAAAUUACACAGACUAAAAGAACCAAAAAAGUCAAUA